AUGACCUGGACCGCAAACCCCUUCUUCACGUCGCGCAAGCCCUCGGCCGACGAUCCCGAGGCUUCGCCCCGCCAGGUGAUCCUCAAGGGCGUGCGCGAGGGAUUCUUGGAGCCGAGUGAGCACUUCACCGGACACCAAGCAUUCUAUCUCCUCGUCCCCCAUGGCUUCAUUGCUGCCGUCAUUUCGGGAGUCAUCAACAUGGCCAUUGCCGUGGGCAUGUACGGAACCACCAAGCAGGCCAUCAACCUAUUUCAGUUUCCCAAUACUCUAGUCGGGGAUGCAACCGUCACAAUCAUCUUGCAGUGUAUCAUCACGUGGUUGAUUGAGCUGAUACUGGUCAACCAAGACCUCAGGAAUGGACGCAUCCAGCCGGUGGGCCGAUUUGCAGAACCCUCCAAUCGCUUGGUGCGGUGGUUCUUGUUCUUGGACCGCAGCGACGCCAAGUACGAAGGGGGCUGCCUAGCACACUGGCUGGUCUUCCUGUUUUCGCAGGUCCUUCGAGGCUUCCUGGUUGCCGUCGUCUCCUUUGCCCUGUUCAUCGGCCCGGUCAUCGGGUUCCUGAUACUGGUCGGAACCCCUAAUGGAGGAGACUGGACGUACACCGGUGCAGUCAAGCCCAGCCUCGAAGACUGGAAGCCCAUGAUUUUCAAGGCCAUCUUAGGUGCUAGCUUAGGUUUGUUGACAACGCCGCUGUAUGCUCUGUUCUGGAUGGUCAGGUGUGGCUGGGCUCUGAUAAGGAAUGAGAAACACUACGGGGAGACAUCAGGUUCAUAA